CCUGCAUAGAAACCAAUCAUAACAAAUACGCAACAUCCAGCGCCAAAAACAAAAGCGAUGCAUGCAUAACAUUUUGUUUAGCUAUAAGCAUAAGAACCACUUUCAGAUAUGGCCACGGGUGAUCUGAAAGGAUGUCUAAGAAAACUAGAAGCGUGUCUACGUUCUCUGAAGUAUCCAAAGGAAGUGGACUAUCAAAGAUUGGCCGUGGGGGAUCCUUCAGCAUGUCUUCCUCUAGUAAGCUAUGCUUUAUCUUCCUAUUCUGCCUCUGUCGCAGAGCACCUGGUUGAUUAUGGGGUGGAACUAACCGGAAUGAAUGAUCUACGAUUUAUAGAGAAUGUCUACAAGGUCUUGCGAGAUAUUUUCAGCUAUAAACCCCUCCUGAACAAGCAACAGUUCCUUCAGUCUGGCUUUGCUGAGAGGAAAGUCUCCAUUCUCUGCGAUGUCAUUGGCCUUGUGAUAAACAAACACAAAGAACUCACUAAAGAAAGCAGGCUUGUCAAUAAACCAAAGAAAAGGUCUCAGUUGAAGAGCUGUGUUAAAAAUGAUAAUAACCCUCCUGUCGAGAUUGACUCGCUGGAUUUAAUAGGCUUGAAGGUUCUUCAGAAACAGCCACUUGUGGAAAGGCACCUUGGCACCAGCUCAAUACCAACACGGAUCAUAUUCUCCUCAGAUGAGCUGCCUCAACAGGAACAGGAAACAGAAAAGAGCCCAACAGACAACGAGCCUUUUCAGGAUUUGCCUGAACCUAGUGAUUCUGAUAAAUGUGUUUUAGAAAGCAUGCUGGCUGGGGUGGAGGCUAGGCUUCUGGAUACUGUCAGCAGACUUGAGCAGCGACUGGCCUUCAUGGAACACAGGAUACAUGCCCUGGAGAAAAGCAUGGCUGGCAAGAUUGUCAUCGAGAGCAGCCGAUGGGAGAACUUGGAGAGUCGAGUGUUGCUGCUGGAGACCAGGCUAGCGCUGACCUCGGCACAGAGUUCAGGAAAUCGAGAUUUUAAUCUCAAUAUAGACAGGGGUGAAAUCAAAGAGGACACAGGGCCUUCAAGCUGCUUUUCCACUAAGAUCCAACCACCAUCUGAUCUGAGUGGUACUGGACCCACUCCAGGCGGUCCUCCUCAAACAGGUCAAGAGAAUAUUAAAGAACGUCUGGAGAGAAUAGUUAACAUGAUGAAGGAUACAUCUGACAUUCUGCAAAAUAUAGAGCCGACAAUGUGAAUUGUUCACUGUCUAAACUUGUCUUUAUAUGCCUUCAGACUGUUUCUUCUGUUACAAUAUAUUAUUGAGUAGUAUGUGCCUUAUCCUCUAGAUGUCAGUGGAACUCAAGUCAAAUUUGAAAGUAAAUGAGUCUGUGGCGCCCUCUAAGGUCUGUUCCUGUAUAUUACAGUCUGACAAGAAUCUAAAUCUGUUUAGCCGUUUCCAACAGCUGUGAACUUACAUUAGAUAAAAAAAGUGUUUAAUUGC